GAUCGAUGUUCUUUUUUGGGGGGGAUGGUGGGUUGAGUUUUGUAGACAAAACGACGUCUCGGAGAUUGAAACUACGGAUCGUGUCUCCGAUUUCAGACAACCUUUUUACUCCGACAAGAAGAGAUUUUAACCUUUUUCAGUUCAGUCAAUGGUUCACUGGUUGUUCCUUAUCCAUUCACAUUGGUUGUUUUGUCUUUUCUCCCUCUAGUGAACACUGCACCAGAGGUAAAUCGCCACACUGCAAAAGGGAGCACAAGUGGAAUAGUCACUGCAUCAAAGUAUUGUUACAGAAGUUAAUAUGGCUGAUACCAGUUCAAGAACUGAUGCCUCAACUGAUGGCGACACAGAUCCUAGAGAUAUGGGGUCUGAGAGAGGGCAAGGGAUGCAGCUUGCUGCUGCUUCUGACUCUAGUGGUCGAUCAAAGGAUAAGUUGGAUCAAAAGACCGUUCGUAGGCUUGCUCAAAAUAGAGAGGCAGCAAGGAAAAGCAGACUGAGGAAGAAGGCGUAUGUUCAGCAGCUGGAGAACAGCCGACUGAAGCUGACUCAACUUGAGCAGGAGCUGCAAAGAGCAAGGCAACAGGGCGUUUUCAUCUCAAGCUCAGGAGACCAAGCCCAUUCUACUGGUGGAAAUGGGGCUUUGGCAUUUGACGCCGAACAUUCACGAUGGCUUGAAGAAAAGAACAAGCAAAUGAACGAGCUGAGAUCUGCUCUGAAUGCUCACGCAGGUGAUGCUGAGCUCAGAAUAAUUGUGGAUGGAGUGAUGUCUCACUAUGAGGAGCUUUUCAGGAUUAAGAGCAAUGCUGCUAAGAAUGAUGUCUUCCACUUACUAUCUGGAAUGUGGAAAACACCAGCUGAGAGAUGUUUCUUGUGGCUUGGUGGCUUCCGUUCAUCUGAGCUUCUCAAGCUACUUGCGAAUCAGCUGGAGCCAAUGACAGAACGACAGGUGAUGGGCAUAAAUAGCUUGCAACAGACGUCUCAACAGGCUGAAGAUGCGUUAUCUCAAGGGAUGGAGAGUUUACAGCAAUCUUUAGCUGAUACUUUAUCUAGUGGAACUCUUGGUUCCAGUUCAUCUGAUAAUGUGGCGAGCUACAUGGGUCAGAUGGCUAUGGCAAUGGGGCAAUUAGGCACCCUCGAAGGAUUCAUCCGCCAGGCUGAUAACCUGAGGCUGCAAACACUGCAACAGAUGAUCAGAGUGUUAACAACGCGUCAGUCAGCUCGAGCUUUUCUUGCCAUACAUGACUAUUCAUCUCGACUACGUGCUCUUAGUUCCUUGUGGCUUGCUCGGCCAAGAGAGUGAACACACAAAGAAUAGUGCUUUGCUCAGCUCUAUACAUAAUCUUACAACUCAAAUCGGUAGGGAUACUCCUUCCAAGAGAUCACAAAGCAAAGGCCUCUCUGUUCUUACAGAAGACUGCAGAUCUUGAAAAUGGUUUUCUGAGAUCACCCAAAAGACUUAGAUUGUGAUGUGUGUUGUUGUAAUCCUUAGCCAUGUAGUAGUUUCUAGAGAGUGAAUGUUUAUAGCCUUUGAAUAUUGAGCUCAUUCAUCAGUGUAAGGUCGUAGUAAACCAACAUGACAGAGGAUGGGAUACACUUUCAGGAACUUGGAUUGUUUAAUCAAACAGACCAAUAUCAGUUUAUAUUUGAGAGUUAAAUCA